AUGUACCCUAACGACUCGAUCGCGCUUUACAUCACGGCCGCCGUUUGCGAGUCGAUCGGGCUUUCUCCCCUACUCAUGUCGAGUAUUGGACUUCUCUCGCGAGUGUAUGUCGCUCCCUGUAUUCCAUCCAGAGAAAACACCCCCCAGACUAACACGGCUAGGAAUGAUUCUAUCGCACGAAAGUCUCGAAAGGAACUGCAACCCAUGGUCUUUAGGCUCCUCAGUAUGCUGACGCUGGCCGGUCUCAUUCUCUUCAUCAUCGGAGCAACCAGCAACACCACCCCGGAGGGCCUGACACAAAUCAAUUCAAAAACCAAGAUCGGAAUGGAUAUUUUCAUCGCCACCUUCCUCUUACUGUGCCUCCUGCUCCUGGUUCUCGCCACCCGUCGCCGCCAGAUCGAGGAUGGCGAGCAUCGCCUGCUUGCCGCCGUUGCAAUCUCCAUGCCCUUGCUCUUAGUCCGCCUCAUCUAUUCCAUCCUGGUGAUCUACGUGCAUAGCUCGACGUGGAACCAACUAACGGGCAACGUCACCGCCAUGCUGAUCAUGUCGGUCCUUACUGAGCUGGUCAUCGUCGGGAUUUACCUGGGCACUGGUUUGACGCUCCAUACACAUCUGACUGAUGUGCAAUACGAGGCACCCAGUGAGGCGUCGAUGCCGCUGAAGCCCUAUCAGAACGGGCCGCCUAUGUUCGCCAACCGGCCUGCUCCCAACACCGCUUACGACCCACGUAUUCCUAUGACCGAUUACGACCAUGACCCAGAGUAUAACGCCCCCGCAUGGAAUAAUAGGCGCCAAAGGAGACAAAGGAGAGGUGGUCCUAUUCAUAUGUUGAUCGGUAUGGCAGUUGAUGCCACGAAAAGCUCUGGCCAACGCUACUAA